GUCGCCAUGGAGGGAAUAUGGAGAGCGGUGACGGGCCAAGACCCAAGCCCCGAUGACUACAGCGGCGUCGAGUUCUGGUCGGAGCCGGAUCGUGCCGGGUGGCUGACCAAGCAAGGCGAAUACAUCAAGACCUGGCGGCGGCGCUGGUUCGUUCUGAAACAAGGGAAGCUCCUCUGGUUCAAGGACUCCAGCGUCACACGCGCCUCCACGCCCCGCGGCGUCAUCAACAUGGCGACCUGCCAGACUGUCAAGGGCGCCGAGGACGUCGUCCAUAAGCCCUGCGCUUUCGAGCUCUCCUGCGCCUCCCAAGAAGCCAUGUACUUCGUCGCCGACACGGACAAGGAGAAGGAGGAUUGGAUCAACUCCAUUGGGAAAUCGAUCGUCCAGAACUCCCUCGCGCUCGCCGAUUCCGAGGUCGUCGAUUACGAUCACGUUCGACGUUGAUUUAUUGUUCCCAAUCCUAUGUUUUUGGUUUGUGAAUUUUGAGGUAAUUGAGUGCCAUGGUGUAUAAAUUUGUUAUUAGAAAAAAAUUAGGUUUAAUAUUGGGGGGAAUGUUGUUAUCCUUACCAAUUUGCUGUAUUUAAUCGCUGUACUUUCUUUUGACCUGUUUUGUGCAAUUUUAAGCAAUUUGGAUUUCACGAACAAUUUUAUUGGAAUUUGGAUUUUGCUCUGCGAA